CACUUGACGCAUCUGUAGAUGCGCAAAUUAAAUUUGUGGUCUCAUAUGUUAUUAUUUUUUCAAAAAAAUUAAAAUCGCCUUUGAGAAUUUUUAUUGGAAAACAUCAUGGUUGAUGAUGGCCGAUUUCUUGUUAGUGGCUGGGAAGAUGACUUAAAUGACAUAGAUUCUAAUAGAAACCCAGAAGAGAAAACGGAAAAGAGCUUCAUGAAAGCAGCUGAGGAUGGAAAGUUAGAGAGAAUUAAAGCUCUGCUAAAAGUUAAUCCAGCAUUAAUAAAUAUAACCGAUAAAGAUGGUUAUACCCCUCUACAUAGGGCUUGCUACGCUAAUCACGUUGACAUAGUUAGAUUUUUACUUCAGAAGGGAGCUGAUAUAGGUGCUAAAACCGACGUGAAAUGGGAACCACUUCAUUCAUGUUGUCAUUGGAAUCACAAAGAAUCAGGUGUAACUCUUAUUCAGUUUGGUGCAGAGGUUAAUGCUGAAUCUGAAGGUGGUCAAACUCCACUGCAUAUAGCUGCCGCACAUGGGGCAGAUUAUGAUUUGGCACAAGUUCUUCUACUGCAUCCUUACAUAAAACCCAAUAAAUUGAAUAAUUCGAAUGAUACUCCUACAGACAUUGCAAAAAGGAGUUCUAAGUAUUAUAAUAUUUUUGAUAUGGCAGAUCCUUUACUAGAUGUGGCAAACCUUAAAUUGUUGGAAUGAUUAUUUGAGAUCAUUGUUAUCGGUUAUGUACGCUAGUAUUCUCAUCAUUAUAAUGAAAGAUAAGAUGUAUAAUCUCAAGUUUUUAUUAAUAAAAGCAAUGAUAAACAGA